GUCCUGAGCGCUGUCAUGGAGUGGGAGUCAUUUUUGCGUCACCCAUCUGUAUGUGUCUGAUGUGUCGCUCAGCCGAGUACAACACAAAUAUCGUGUUUUAUAUUUUGAAAUAUUAGAAUUCUACCCAACGUUGGUGCAGCUUCGUUAAGUCGCUUCCUGUUCUGAAGGCAAUGAGUAGACAAUAGUCCUGAUUCAGAAUAGUCUUCAUAGCGAUAGGCCAGCUGAUAGAAUGGCCCAUGUGGAGGAGUCUCAGACCGAAGGAGAAGGCAGCCCCCAGAUCCUCUCCCUCAGGUCCGAAUCAUCGGUGAACCACGUAGACGACGGCGACGUUGGACCAUCCGUGAGGAGGAAGAGGAGGAGAAAGCGAGAGCAGCGCCCGGAGUCCAUCAUCGUCUAUCGCUCCGACGUGGAGCGAGGGCCCAGUGGUGACCAAGGAGGUGAAGAAGAGGGAGCUGAAAGGAGUGCUGAGGAGGGAGCCAAGUUCCUCUGUACACCCACAAAUGAAGACGGAGACUGGAGCCUUCCCCCAGACAGCCGCUAUGUAACUCUAACAGGCACCAUCACGCGGGGUAAAAAGAAAGGCCAGGUGGUGGACAUCCAUGUGACCAUGACAGAAAAAGAACUCCGCGAGCUGGCCAAGUCUAGGGAACGGCUCGAUGCUGAGUGCGAGGCCAGGGAGGACUCCAAGCGGUCUUGCAGCCUGGGCGUGUGCCGGGGGCCUCACGUUGUCCUGUGGAGCAUCUCCUGUGCCCCUGUGGUCUUCCUGCUCUCCUUCAUCACAUCCUUCUACUACGGCACCUUGACGUGGUACAACGUCUUCCUGGUGUACAACGAGGAGCGGACGUUCUGGCACAAGAUCACCAUCUGCCCCUUUCUCAUCAUUUUCUACCCUGUACUCAUCAUGCCCGUGGCGGUGUCCCUGGCGCUGUACUCGGCCGUGGUGCAGGUGUCCUGGGCCUUCAGUGCGUGGUGGCAUGCCGUGAGGGACCUGGAGAAGGGAUUCUGCGGCUGGGCCUGCGGGAAAAUGGGCCUGGAGGACUGUGCCCCUUACAGCAUUAUCGAGCUCCUCGACUCUGACACCGUCUCCAGCACGCUGCAGAGCAAAGCCCCCAGGGAACUCGCCCAGACGUCCUCGGUGUGAAACUGAAUGGAACUGGUUCACGUGCUAGUUUGCAAAUACACGUAAACAAGUACAAUGAAGAAGACUGUGUGCUACCUUGGAUAACUUUGUGACCAGAAAAAAAAACGACAUCACAUGCACUACUAUGCAAACGUCCAAGGCUACCAUUAGAUUUGUUGUACGGGUGCGCUGGAGACCAUCCUAACUGACUUUGGGCAAGUGGGGGCGGCAUAGCCCUGGACUGGUCACCGAUCAAUCACAGGGCACGUAUGAACAAACACCCAUUCACAUAUUGGGACAAUUAAGAAUUUCCAAUUAAAAAAGCCACACAACAUCAAGUAUAGGCAAAUUCAAGGUUCAAAUCUCAGAACUGUGAGGCAGAUAUGCUAAUCACUAUAUUGCAGUGUUGUCACUUCAAUAACAAUGUAUACCAUUUCCUUAUACAGUACAAUAUAUUCAAAUGAAUUAUUUGUAUCUAAUUUAUUCACUUGAUGAUUAAGUGUAUAUAUCUCACAGUUUUUUCGCACACACAUUAUUAAAGUAAUAUUCAUUCAUUCAUUCAUCUUCCGAGCCGCUUGAUCCUCACUAGGGUAGCGGGGGGUGCUGGAGCCUAUCCCAGCUGUCUUCGGGCAGUAGGCGGGGGACACCCUGAAUCGGUUGCCUGCCAAUCGCAGGGCACACAGAAACGAACAACCAUUCGCACUCACACCUAGGGACAAUUUAGAGUGUUCAAUCAGCCUGCUACGCAUGUUUUUGGAAUGUGGGAGGAAACCGGAGCACCCGGAGAAAACCCACGCAGGCCCGGGGAGAACAUGCAAACUCCACACAGGGAGGCCGGAGCUGGAAUCGAACCUCUGCACCGUGAAGCCGACGUGCUAACCAUUAAAGUAAUAAAUGUAUGAUAAUAUUUAUGAUUUUAUUUUUAAAAAAUACGGUGUACCGAAAUGUAUUUUAUCAUUUAAACACAUUUAAAUAUAUGUUAAAUGGGGCGGCCCGGUGGUCAAGUGAUUAGCACGUCCACCUCACAGUGCAGAGGUGCAGGGGUCGAUUCCGGCGUCGGCCUUCCUGUUUGGAGUUUGCAUGUUCUCUCCGUGCCUGCGUGGGUUUUCUCCAGGUACUUUGGUUUCCUCUAACAUUUCAAAAACAUGCAUUGCAGGCUGAUUGAACACUCCAAAUUCUCCCUAGGUGUGAGUGUGAGCGCGGGUGGUUUAUUCGUCUCUGUGUGCCCUGCGAUUAAAUAACGGUACACUCUUUGUUGCCCCUCGAUGUGAGUGUGAAUGGUUGUUAAUCUAUGUGUGCCCUAUGACUCACUGGCAACCAGUUCAGGGUGUACUCUGCCUACUGCACACCCAUGACCCUCGUGACGAUAAGUGGAUAAGAAAAUAGAUGGAUGGAUAUAUAUUUUAAAUAAGAUAUUUUAUUAUUCUGUUCAGAUUUAAUUUAUUAUCAUACACAGGACUGAAUAGACUGUGGUGUACGUAUCAUAUAGUCAAAUAUGCUUUUUCAAAUGACUUUUUAUAACAGCCACCUAUUGACAUCAGCUGUUGUGUCCAUUUGCUCAAGUGGACAGCACAUCUAGCAAUUCAUUGAGGUAUGGUGUCUAUUAGAGUGGACGAGGCCACUUGGUGAAGGCACUGUAUCAAUAAAGAUGCAUUGAAUUAUUCUGGAUUUAUAGCCAUGUUCAUAACCUCAUUAACAUCAAAUUACUUCUUCUGCCCAAGCACGAUCCAUCAAUUUUUUGAUCCGCUUUAUCCUCACAAAGAUCGCUGCCCGGUGGUCCAGUGGUGCAACGCACUAACCACUGGACCACCGGGCUGCCCCAAGCUCCAUCCCUCAACAAAAUGAUGUACCCCACUACUGACAAUUUUAUAAUGUUGUGACUGCUGUGAAAAAAAAUUAAUCAAAUCAGCAAACCUAAUGGUCCCAAAGACUGCUGCAUAGUAUUGUAUAUUUGUACUGGAAACACACUGGACUCUGAAACUUUAUUUUGUGUGUGUGUGCGUGUGUCGUGAACAUGUAUUAUUCGUCACUUAUUGCAAGACUAGCAUUCCACGAUUUCCUUUUGGUGCUUACCUGGAAAUGUGUUCCAGCACGGUUGUCAUGGGUUUUCACUCUCACCUACAUGGAAUUAUUUUGUAUUUAGAAUCAUUCUCAACCGUACAGAAGUGUUUUUGUGUUUUUAAUCGAUUCAAUUCACAGCACUAUCUGCUGUUUUUUUUUUUUUUAGUCGCUUAUUAAAGUACAUGUGACAUCUUAUCUCAGUGUUCACUCUAAAUAAUCAUGCUGGCUGUCAGAUUUCAACUGUCUCCUGUUCAUUGUGAGUGAAAUUACCCAGUGAAAAGCCCCGUGAAAAUACUGUCUUUUGGUGAAUGUUUGUUUAAUUUAUUAUAAUACGUGUAUUCAAUUGUGAUUUUUUUCAGGGAUUUGAACAUUUCACACUUGUAUGAUAAAUAUGCUCCUCAAAAUGAUUAACAGGUAACUGUUUUUCAGAUGUUCAGGUGGGAAUUUCUCGUUCCAUGUUUUAUGAGAUAAAUUAAGGAUGUAAACAAUUACACCAAUAAAAUAUAAUCUUGUUGCAUGACAACACUGACAAUA